CCUGGUUGUAUUAGUCAGUGAUUAAGUUAAGAGUCUGUAGUGAGUGGGUAAACCUCAGUGUGUCACCCACUUAGUGGGCAGGAGCAGAGAGUGUUAAAGUCACAGUGAGUGUUUGGUGGUCUAUAUAAAGGAGCAGCCGCAGCUCAGAUCCUGAACCUUCUGCACAGCAGCUGCAGGAUGAGAGUCUUCGCUCUGCUCUCCGCUCUCUGCCUCCUCCUCAAAGAGGCUCAGGCCUGGGGAUACAAAAAUGGAAUAUUUCAUAACUCCAUUUGGCUUGAACAAGCAGCUGGAGUUUACCACCGGGAAUCACGCAAAGGGAGGUACCAGCUGACAUAUAAAGAGGCCAAAGCUGUCUGCAAAUACGAAGGAGGCUCGCUCGCCACGUAUCAACAACUGGAGGCGGCCCGUCAAAUAGGUUUCCAUGUGUGUGCAGCCGGAUGGUUUGACAGAGGGCGAGUUGGCUACCCAAUCGUCAAACCCGGCGCCAACUGUGGUUUUGGGAAGAUCGGCAUCAUUGACUACGGCUACAGGCUGAACAAAAGUGAGAAAUGGGAUGUGUACUGCUACAACCCACACUCUAAGGAGUGUGGUGGUGUGCUCACUGACCAGGAGAGGAUCAUUCAGUCUCCAGGUUUCCCUGAGGAGUAUCAGGACGAGCAGAUCUGUUACUGGCACAUCAGAGUCCGCCUGGGUCAGAGGAUCCGACUUCACUUCCAGGAGUUUGACGUGGAGGAUGACACGGCGUGUCUGGCAGAUUACCUGGAGGUCUACGACAGCUACGAUGAUGUGUCCGGCUUCGCUGGGAGAUUCUGUGGUGAGGAUUUACCAGACGAUAUCAUCAGUACAGGAAACGUGAUGACAUUGAAGUUCCUCUCUGAUGCUUCAGUCACAGCUGGAGGUUUCCGGUUACAGUAUACUGCCUCUAAUGCAUCGCUGUUUACACACAAUAACACUCAUUAUUUACACUGACCAGUGGUUCAAUACACUGAUGAAAUGUCAUUGGUUACCACCUGUACUGUAAAAAUAAAUCUCUAUAAAUUAGGACUAAAAAAGAAACUUCUGUCUUAUUUUAAGUUGCUGAUGUUUCCAGGAAAAUAAACACA